AAAACCCAGUACUAGGAAAUGUGCAGACUAGUAUCGUUCUCAUAACAGAUGCGUAUUGAAUAAGUUCACACGCGUAAAGUGAUCUAGUAUUUAUGACACCAACUAUGGCUACAGAUUAUCAAUAUUAUGUGACUCAUUUUAAUAACUAUUUCAACAUGGAUGCUGAUGAGGGGGAAUCUUCAAGUAGCGGACCAAUUUCAACAUUGAACAGCUUAUUUUCAUUUACCAGUCCUGCCGUGAAGAAACUUUUAGGAUGGAAACAAGGUGACGAGGAAGAAACCUGGGCUGAAAAAGCAGUUGACACACUAGUUAAAAAGUUGAAAAAGAGCAAAGGGGCUAUUGAGGAGCUAGAAAAAGCUCUAUCAUGCCCUGGAACACCUAGCAAAUGUGUAACCAUUCCAAGAAGUUUAGAUGGCAGGUUACAGGUAUCACACAGAAAGGGGUUGCCACAUGUAAUAUACUGCAGAGUUUGGCGAUGGCCAGAUUUACAAAGCCAUCAUGAACUGAAACCAUUGGAAAGUUGCCAGUUUCCAUUUUCUGCUAAGCAAAAGGAGGUUUGCAUAAAUCCCUAUCAUUACAAAAGAGUAGAAAGUCCAGUAUUACCACCAGUACUUGUGCCAAGACAUAAUGACUUUGUACCGGGCCAUUCUCUUCUUCCGUUUCAACAACUUGCAGAGCCCAAUAUGCCACAUAAUGUUAGAUACUCAUCAAAUGGAUUUAAUGCCUCUCCAUUAAAUCCAAGCUCUCCUCUGUCAAGUGUUGCUAGCCCAGGGAGUGUUACAUCUAACAAUCCACAAUCACCAUAUGCAAAUCUGGCAGAGACUCCUCCACCUGCUUAUAGCCCUACUGAUGACAACAAUACAAAUACAAAUAAUAAUGUAAGCCCAGAAUCACCAUUAACAGCAGAUGUUCAGCCUGUUACAUACCAAGAACAACCAUAUUGGGCUUCUAUAGCCUAUUAUGAGCUCAAUUGUAGGGUAGGAGAAGUUUUUCGGUGCCAUUCAACAUCUGUUAUAGUAGAUGGAUUUACAAAUCCAAGCAACAACAGUGACCGUUUCUGCUUGGGACAAUUAAGUAAUGUUAAUAGAAACUCUACUAUAGAAAACACCAGACGGCACAUUGGCCAUGGUGUGCAUCUGUAUUAUGUAAACGGUGAGGUCUAUGCUGAGUGCCUCUCUGAUUCCGCUAUAUUUGUGCAAUCCCGUAAUUGUAAUCAUCAUCAUGGUUUCCAUCCAUCUACUGUAUGCAAAAUACCAGCUGGUUGUUCCUUAAGAAUAUUUAAUAAUGCUGAAUUUGCACAGCUACUUUCUCAGUGUGUAAAUCAUGGUUUUGAAGCUGUAUAUGAACUUACAAAAAUGUGCACAAUACGGAUGAGUUUUGUAAAAGGGUGGGGAGCAGAAUACCAUCGACAAGAUGUAACUAGCACUCCAUGUUGGAUAGAAGUACAUUUAAGUGGGCCUCUUCAAUGGCUGGAUAAAGUUUUGACACAGAUGGGUGCUCCACACAAUGCAAUCAGCUCUGUAUCUUAAGAUUGUGAUUAUUUGAAAAAUCUAUUUGUCCAAAAAAUGCAAAGGAAGAUAAAAACUGAAAAAACUUCUUGUGGAUUAGUAAAAUAUAUCUGCAAAUUGCUCAAAUUAGAAUGAGAAAAAAAAAUAUAAAUUAAUUGAAAUCUUAUAAAUAUUCCCUAUAUAUUUGAAAGAAAUUAUAUAAAAAAGUCUGAUUUGGAUUAAGACAAAAGAAAUGAAUUUUCUAAAAUCAAAAUAAGCACAUUAAAUAACAAAUUUAGAAGAAAAUUGUUCUCUUUGUAAGGUAUUGUUUUGUGAAUAUUAAUUGAAUGUACUUUAUUUAUUGAUUUUAAUGAGUCAGUAAAUCUACUCUACUCUCCCUUUUUAUAAAUUUAAAACUUCUUAAACAGUUGGAAAUUCUCUCUUCCUGUAUACAUAAAUGCCAAUUUAAACUGUAUCAAUUUCUUUACUUUUAGUCUACAACAGAUAUAUCAAGCUUUCGUUCCUCGUAAACCACAUUCAAAAUUUUACUGGUUUUUGUCUACUGCUACAUUGGUACCAUAUUCCCAAAUCCGAAGAAUAUGAAAAUCAGAUCUAAUUACAUCAAUUCACAGCCGAUUAUCAGUAUUUGGCUACAGUUUUGUAAGAAAUAAUCACGAAUUUCCAUUUUUUGACAAAGUUGUACCACGGAAAUCCUAGUACUUAAAGAGACAGAAGGGUUCUUGUUUUGUUACUCCAUAUUUCAUAAAUAUACUUUCAUCUAGUUUCGUGAUUCAUAAUAAUUGUUUUGAUAAGAUCUGAAAGUAAUAAUUACGUUUUUGUUUCAUGUAUCCCUGCUCAAUUGAUUUAACUUCAUUAGGAGAAAAUAUAUUUCAACAGGGAGUCGAGAGAACUCUUUAUUUAAAAAUAAUUAUUUCGUGUGCUUAUAUAAAUUUUAUAAUAGAAUCUGACUAGAUAUGUAUAAUAAACUAUUUACAUACUUUAUAAUCUAUUUAAUUGACAUUUACUAAGCUUUCUAUUCUUGAUGAACUGCGUCACAAAAUCGAAGCAUUAUUAGAACAAUUACAUUUCAAUUUUUUCAAAUGGACGCCUUUGGGCCGCAAGGAUUGUUUAAAAUAGCUUGAUAAAACAAAUAAUACCAAAUUUUCAAUUAUGAAUCUUGAAAAAUAUGUGAUGUUUCAAUAUUUAAAUCAAUAACCCACAAGUGUUGAAUGAGAAUUGAGGUCAGGACUUUUUAAAUGUGUACAAAGAAAAUUGACGAUAAACAUCAUAAAAUUAUAUUUUAUGGAAUUUUGUAUAAUUCUGUAUAAAUUACGAAAAAUUCGGUUGUUUAUAUACUCAACUAAACCUUUCGCAAUUUUAUAAAAUAUGUAUUAAUUUUAUGGCGCAGUGUAUAUCAAAAAACUUAUUAAUAUUGUAUAUGGAACAUGCUAUUUGAUAAUUGUAGGAAAAUGAACUGUAAUGGUGAAAUUUUUUAAAUUCCAAUAUACUAAUGUACGGGAAGUUUUUGAGUAAUUUAGUUGAUUCUAUGUUACUAGUGAUCUCUAUAAUUUUAGUAGGUACGUACUAGAUACAUACCCUUUAAAACUUUAAAACAAAUGGUGAAGUUUCAUUUUUUUUUCGGCAUAUAAAACGUUUGUUAUGAAAAAAAAAAUACAUAAAUUAUUUAAAUUCAGAUUAUAUGUUGCUACUUGCUGUCAAUACGCAGCAAUAUGAUUUGAUAACAAACUAUCCACAUAUUGCCUUCGUGCUUACACAUUUUAUACAAUAAAAUAAAUCUUGAUUAUGUUUUGAAAAGUACCCUUAUCAUAAGACAUCUCUUUUUUUAUAUAAAAUGUGAGAAAUAUAAUAUUAAUAGUUUGAUGUGUUAAUUCAACUCCUUUACAUAUUUGAGGAAAGUUAAUUUUAUGUUUGGCAAUUCUUGAAAUUUUUGAAAUGCAAGAAUUAACAUUUGCAGCUGGAACAUAUUCUUUUUAGGUAGAAUAAUAACUUACCUAUCUUUUAUAGUCGUCGUUGAUGAUAAGACUUGUAUAAUUGCGAAUAGAAAUAUGAAGGAAAGUAUAAAGGCAGUUUGAAAUGAUGCAAGAAGUUGCAUGCGAUUUCUUCCAAAGUCAAAUAUUACAACUCAGCUUGACAUUAUGCAAGUCUCUCACUCUUUGUAACAAAAAUUCCAUGAGUCACUUCAAAUUUCAUAUAAAAUGUUUGAACCGGUUUAAAACUUAGUCAGAAAAUAACUGGCAAUAAUCACAUCUUCUGCUGUCUUCCUUUUGGAGUCCGAUUGUCAGGUUGGUUGUUAACCAAAAUGGCACCAAACCGAUAAUGUUAAAAGUACGAGAUCUUGCUUGAAACAAUCAGCUGAACUUCAUCUGUGCAUGCUUUUGAUCAAGAAAUAUUGCGUUACACGUUAUAUUGCAUCAUGUCAAUCGACUUUGAAUGUCGAAGCAAGUUUAAAUUAUUUAUUUUCUAAGUGAAAUUUUAAUAUUUCAUAUAUUUUGUAGGCCAAUACAACAAAUAAAUUAAAAAACGCUGAACGAAAGUAUUUGUUGUCAAUAAAACGGAAAAAAUUUUUCAACCCCUUAGCUGCCAAGUUUUUCCAAAUGCCAUGCUAUGUUAGAGUCCUGAACAUACUGUUUAAUUACCACUUCAGAGAAAGAUAAACUAAAACCUAUUAAGUUUUAACCUACUUAUUUAUACUAAAUUUUUCCACCAUUUAACUUUUUCCCGAACAAUUCCAAUGGGGAAAAACCCCUUCGGUUGGAAAUUUCACAUUUAUUCCUUAAGUAAUAAUCUAUCGUUUGCUUCGAAAGAAAAGCUAGUCGGCCUUGAAAUACUUGGAUACAUGUUUUUCAUUUCUAUAGAUUUUUCAAUAAUCUAUCUUACGUUACCUCGACUAUUUUCAGAUAUAGUCUUUGAGCUAGUAUCUGAAAGGGGAAAUAUUCGGUACUUCAAUAUUUCCGAAAUAUUACAUAUUUUCGUAGGUAUCAACAUAAAUAUCAACAGUAAAGGGUUGAAGAAAUUAAAAUUACUUUCAUCAGCAAACAAAUAUGUUUAACAUUAAAUCAAAUAAAAAGUUUCAGCUCUUUUGCAGUACUAGUUGAACAGUAAUAAUUUUGUUGUGAAAUUCCGCACAACUCUGUGUAAACAAGUAAAUUUUCUCAUAAAUUUUAGUGACAAGGGAGAAAUUGCGUUGUUUGAUUACUAGUUUAACCAGUCUCAAAUCAAUUAUUAUAUUUUUGGGAACAAACUUAUGACUAUUUUUUGCGUCUUCUGUUUUUAUUAUUAUGAUAUAGAUUUGUUAUGUCUCUAGCCUAAAAUAAUUGAUCAAUUGUGAGAUAAAUAUAGGCAAAUAAAGUUUAAUUCCGAUGAUCAUACUGUUCAAUUGAAACCUUAGUAAAGUUACUCGGUACUAUUAUGCAGCAUUGUAAUGUAGUGUUCAGAAAUUAAUGAAGUGAGCGUCAAUUGUCGCACUAUAGCGGUGGAGCUAAAGAAGACGGUAUGAAAAAAUCUGCUUCGAUUAUUUUCAUACUAAGCAAAAAUGUAUAAAAUUAUUAUAUCACAUUAAAAGAAUAAUCGAGACUGUGUUGACGAGGGGGGUCAUAUGUCAGUCACGUGCAUGAACUCUAUUGAAAAAUUGACAAAUUUAUUUUAUACAUCUAAUUUUAAAUUCACACACAACUGUUAUCGAUGCAAUCGAUGAUAAAAUUCCAUACUUGUAAUUUAUCUGUAUAUGUUUCAAACGAUUUUUAACUUUAAUGUGUUAUAAAAAUUAUAAAUAAAUAGCUGCAGAAUUAUUAUAAGUUUCUGUUGGUAGAACUUGCGUCACCGUAGAAUGGUUAUAAAAACCAUAGAUAAAUAUAUGCAAGAUUCUCAUUGAGGAUUGUAAUUCCAGUUAAUGAUGGUGGAAUUUGGCCAUUAUCGAAGUAUUUGUAAAAAUAUUAUUUUCUUCUUUCAAUCGGUAGUCUAUAAAUUACAAUGAUGAGUACGAAAAGAUUUGCUAUACAGAAUGUACAUAGUACAUGCUGGUACCAUUCUAACGUGGAGGGGCUAUUGCGACAUAGAUUGUACGUCGCUACCUCUCGGACUAUAUUUUAGACCUAGUUGUAAUAAUGUAAGAUCCGUGUGUAAUGAAAUUUUUAGUUGCGAAUUGGAUCGUAAUUUUUUAGCCGGGAUCAGUGAAAAUGCAAGGGAUGCAUUCACAAGGAAAUUUUUACUGUAAUAUAAACCAAAUGAUCCUUAUCGACAUACAAAUCCCUUAAUGUGUUCAUUUUGUAUCAACGGAAUGAAAACUAAAAAAAAAUUUUUACUGCUUUAUAUUUUUUAAAGUCUCAACGUCAGAAUGCCUAUAAAUAUAAAUACAUUUUUUAUUGCUGUUCAUACGCUGUAUAAUUUUUUGUACAUGUUGAAGUUGAAUUUUAACUUUAUACAGAUUUUUUAUAUACAUAUUUUUUUUAGAUUUUGGGAAAUUGAUUAAAAAUGUUUUUAAAUGUGAAAAAUUGUAUAAUUUAUAGUUUAUUGUUUUUAUAUUUAUUAAGUUCCUACUGUUACAUUAUAAAUUGCAAUUCUUUCAUUUUAUUUAGAAAUAAAAAUUCAUUGGUUCUCACACAUUGUCUAUUUUAUGGAGUUUAAAUUAAACGUGAAAAAUGA